AUGUCAUUUGAUCCUAACAACGACCCAAACAUCGGUUCUUCUCGGGGCAAUGCCUCAUCUGCCUCCAGUGAAAUUGCAAGCGGGCUGACGGGGGAAGGGGGAUCGUCAGGGACGGCGUUGAUGAUGACCCUGCUGCCUGCGUUCAUCUACGCAACAUUUUGGUUUGGGCUCUUCCUCAUCUUUCGCCGGACUCAGCGACGCUGGUAUGCACCGAGAACUCAUUUGCCAGACAUUCAGGAGCAUCAAAGGAGUCCUGAAUUGCCCUCCGGUUGGGUGAACUGGCUUGGUACGUUCUUGAAGAUUGAGGACAAUCACGUCCUCCACCGAUCGUCACUGGAUGGGUAUCUGCUUUUGAGAUUCCUCCGUGUCUUAUGCGGAAUUUGCGCAUUUGGCUGCCUGAUUACCUGGCCGAUUCUUCUUCCAAUCCAUGCGACGGGAGGUAAUGGCAACACUCAGUUGGAUCUGUUGAGUUUUAGCAAUGUCGCCAACCCAACCCGGUACUACGCAAAUGCCAUGGUUGCCUUGGUUUUCUUCACAUUUGUUUUCUAUGUAAUCACUCGCGAGAGCCUCUACUAUGCGACUCUGCGCCAGGCUUACUUGAACUCUCCUGUUUAUGCCUCACGCCUCUCCUCUCGAACUGUCUUGUUCAUGUCCGUUCCAGAUGCAUACAAGGACGAAGGUAGAUUAAGGCAGACUUUUGGUGAAACCAUCACUCGCAUCUGGGUCACCUCAGACUGUGACCGACUGGAAAAGUUAGUCAAUGAGAGGGACAAACUUGCGUUCAACCUUGAGGCCGCCGAGACCAAGCUCAUUCGUCAGGCAAACCAAGCUCGUCAGAAGGCUUCGAGAUAUGGCGACCUCGUGCUCGACACAUGUCAGGACUGUGAGUCAGGUGAACCAAUAUGGCCGCCCGGCGUGAAACGUCCCACGCACCGUCGAAGACUGCUCUUUGGCGAAAAGGUGGACUCGAUUCGCUGGUACCGCGAGAGACUGGCUGAGGUCAUCAAAGAGGUUCAAAUCCUCCAAGCUGAGCAUCAGCGGGGCGACGCGAAACAGCUUUCCGCCAUGUUUGUCGAGUUCGGAUCACAGUCCGAAGCACAGAUUGCGUUGCAGACUCUUUCCCACCAUCAGCCAUUCCAUAUGACACCGCGCUUCAUUGGGGUUGCCCCGGAUGACCUGGUCUGGUCGGCCUUGAAUCUGAGCUGGCGGCAAAGAAUGAUUCGAAAAUUUGCAGUGCAAGGGAUUCUCGCAGCCACGGUCAUCUUCUGGUCUUUUCCCGCCGCAAUAGUCGGCACGAUUUCGAACAUUACGUAUUUAUCGAAGAUUCUCCCUUUCCUGAAAUUCAUCCUCGAGCUCCCAGAUUUUGUCAAAGGCGCGAUUGAGGGUCUCCUACCUUCCGCCGCGCUGGUGGCAUUGAUGUCUUUGGUCCCGAUCAUCUGUCGAAUCUGUGCCCGGCGCGCGGGUGUACCGUCGCAAGCGCAAGUCGAACUAUUCACGCAAAAUGCGCAUUUUGUCUUUCAAGUCGUGCAGGUCUUCCUGGUCACGACCUUGACUUCAGCGGCGUCUGCUGCGACGGCUCAAAUCAUCAAGAAUCCCCUAUCAGUCAAGGAUCUUUUGGCCGAAAAUUUGCCCAAAGCCACGAACUUCUACAUUUCCUACUUCCUUCUGCAAGGCCUGAGCAUGAGUUCCAUGGCGCUGGUUCAGAUCGUCAGCGCCCUCGUGUUUAAAUUUGUAACGACGUUCUUUGCGUAUUCCCCUCGACGUCUGUUCCAACGAUGGGCGGAACUGGGAAGUCUCAGCUGGGGCAAUGUUUUCCCCGUCUUCACGAAUAUGGGGGUCAUUGCGUUAACGUAUUCGUGCAUCUCGCCCUUGAUCCUCGGUUUCGCAUUCAUAGGUGUCUAUCUGGUGUAUCAAGCAUAUCGAUACAACUUCCUCUUCGUCUACGACAUCAAAAUCGACACCAAGGGUCUCGUGUAUCCGCGUGCGCUCCAGCAUCUGUUGACCGGUAUCUACCUUGCAGAAGUGUGCAUGAUCGGUCUCUUUGCCAUCAAAGCGGCCAUUGGACCCGUGGUGAUCAUGGCCCUCUACACCAUCCUUACGAUUCUGGCCCAUAUCUCCCUCAACGAGGCGCUCGCACCUCUGAACACUUUCCUCCCGCGCUCCCUCGAUGCCGAAGAGGAAAUCUUACUCGAGAAAGAAGACGUAGUCGCGGAGAUUAAUGAGCAACGGCGUUCACGCGCCACCGCAAUCCUGUCGUGGUUCUUUCCAGAUCUCCGUCAGGAUUACGCGGCGCUUCGUCGCAAGAUUCGCAAGAACUUGACUGCGGUCGAAUAUACAGAGGAAGAGCUUCGGACGGCGUACUUUGAGCCAUGUGUCGGUUCGCCGCCGCCCACGCUUUGGAUUCCACGGGACAAGUGGGGUUUUAGUAGACAUGAGGUGAGGGAAACCGACCCGACGAUCAAUAUCACAGAUGAGGGUGCGCACUUGGAUGCAAAGAAUAAGAUUGUGUGGGACAAGUACGAUCCCGCACUUCCACUUAGGGAGCCGAGAAAGUUAUAUUAG